GCGGCUCCGCUCAGCCGCCCCAAGCCAUGGCUCCGCGGGCAGCGCAGCGCCCCGCCGCGGCUCAGCCCCGCCCGCCCCGCGCGGCCCGACGGGGCGGAGGGGCGGGGCCACGGCCAUGGCCGCGCGCGGCGAUACAGAGUGUAUUUUGGAGCCUCUGUCUCUGCCAGAAAGUCCAGGUGAUGUUGCUGCUGUGGAAAGUUCUCCCUAUGUGCCUUGUAUUUUCUGCAAAGAAUGCUAUCUUUCAGCAGAACAAAACCAGCUCUUGAAGCACAUGAUUAUUGAACAUAAGCUUGUCAUAGCAGAUGUGAAACUGGUUGCAGAUUUUAGAAGAUAUGUCUUGUAUUGGAAGAAGAGGUUUGCAGAACAGCCUAUCACAGACUUUUGUAGUGUGAUAAGAACAAAUUCGGAAGCUCCAUUAGAAGAGCAAGACAAUUAUUUUCUUCUUUGUGAUGUUUUACCAGAAGACAGAAUACUUAGAGAACAGCUUCAGCAAAACAGACUGAGAGAAAUUCUAGAACAGCAACAGCGGGAGAGAUACGACACUAGUUUUCAUAGUAUAUGCAUGUUCUGUGAUCAAGAAUUCACAGGAAACAGAUCUGUCCUUCUCAAUCAUAUGGCAAGAGAGCAUGCUUUUAACAUUGGGCUGCCAGAUAACAUUGUGAAUUGCAAUGAGUUUUUGUCAGUAUUACAGAAGAAGCUUGACAAUUUGCAGUGUUUAUACUGUGAAAAAAUCUUCAGAGACAAAAACACACUUAAAGAUCACAUGAGAAAGAAGCAGCAUCGCAGGAUCAAUGCCAAAAACAAAGAAUAUGACAAAUUUUAUAUGAUUAAUUAUUUGGAGUUUGGAAAGUCCUGGGAGGAAGUGCAGUCAGAGGAUGACCGGGAAUUACUAGAUAACUUAGAAGAAGACUGGUCUGGCUGGGAAGAGCAUCCUGUGAGUGCAGUUUGCCUGUUCUGUGAACAACAAGCAGACACCACAGAAAAACUGUAUCUUCACAUGCAGAAAUCACAUGGAUUUGACUUCCCUAAAAUAAAGUCAGAGCAUGGUCUGAACUUUUAUCAGCAGGUAAAGCUAGUGAACUUUAUCAGAAGAGAAAUCCAUCAUUGUCGUUGUUACAACUGCCAAGAGAAAUUUCAGUCUAAAGGAGGACUGAUAAGUCAUAUGGAAGAAACCAAACACAUUACGUUCUUGCCAGCCAGGUCUACAUGGGAUCAACCACAGUAUUAUUUUCCUACCUAUGAAAAUGAUACGCUCCUGUGUACGCUGUCAGACAGUGAAGAUCUGAUAACUGAGGAUCAAAGUGAAGAUGUCCCUGUUGUAAGCGAAGAUAUAUCCAAUCUAAAAGCUCUCAAACAGAGCAGUGUUUUAAACCAGCUCCUAUAUGAAUAGAACAAGACUCACAAGAAAUUUUGACCUUGGAUUACAGUUGCUGACCUUUGAGCGCUUCUUCUGCAAGACAAAAAAAUCCCAUUCUUUCUCUAAUAUUGGAAUACAAUUUAACUCAUAGAUGUUAUCACUGGGCAAAUAUUAUAUGAAAGUGAAUGCUAG